AUGGAACACGAUUCCUUCUUCGCCCCCAAAGUCUGGGACUUCGCGUACCCCAAUGGCCACGCCCCUCCACCAACCUCCCCCGUCUUGAAAGCCAUCGACAAGCCCUGCUUCAUGCACUCCGAAACUCCCUCCACAGUUUCUUCUCGACGAGAAUCAGAUUCCUCUUCUUCUUCGUCUUCCUCUUCCUGUUCCGAGACAAACCCAUCAACCGCGAACCAACCACGAGGCCUCACCUCGAUGCCAGCAUGGGCCCGAAACCUGCCUAAAGAAGUAUUCGGCGGCCAGAAAGAUGGGUUCGUGUUGUUUCCCACAAGGUCUGUGCCGAGGGUGAAUGAGAGGAGGGGUGGGAUUAGGAGGCCUGGACAUCCGGUUUUGAAGUUGGAGAUUGGGGAGAGGGAUAGGGUUUAG